AUGGAAAACAAUCAAAUACCCGUAACCCAAAAAUCAAAUCACGUUAGUUCAGUAUUGCUAUAUGGUAUACCAAUCGUAUCAUUGUACAUUGAGGGCCAGGAACGUCUGUGUUUGGCGCAAAUUUCAAAUACUCUUCUCAAGCAAUUCAGCUACAAUGAGAUUCACAAUCGACGAGUGGCAUUGGGCAUAACCUGUGUACAGUGCACACCCGUCCAGUUGGAAAUACUGAGAAGAGCCGGCGCAAUGCCGGUAAGUUCGCGUAGAUGCGGAAUGAUAACACGCCGUGAAGCUGAACGGCUGUGCAAGAGUUUCUUGGGUGAUAAUACACCCCCGCGAUUACCGGAUGAUUUUGCAUUCAACGUACAGCACAAAUGCGCUUGGGGAUGUCGAGGAUCAUUUCUACCAUCGCGCUAUAAUUCAUCUCGUGCCAAGUGCAUCAAGUGUUCCUAUUGUGGAAUGUUUUUCUCGCCCAAUAAAUUCAUAUUUCAUUCGCAUCGCUUGACCACCAACGAUAGAUAUAUUCAGCCGGAUGCGGCUAAUUUUAAUUCCUGGCGUCGUCAUAUGACACUCUGCGGACAUGAACAGGAGGAGAAGAUUGUUCAUGCUUGGGAGGAUGUGAAGGCAAUGUUUAAUGGUGGCACAAGAAAGCGACUUGUGAGCUGCAACAACAAUCGCAAUUCCCAGAACUCACCAGCAAUCACUGCAACAGCAACAACUAGAACAACAACAACGCCUUCAACAACUGGCUUGGUGGAAUCUUCCAUAGAAUGUGACAGUGAUGACAAAAGAUUAUCCCUCAGCGAGGAGACGAUGCCAUGUUCGAAAAGAUCGUUGGAUCAGCAAUAUAAUUACAGCACUGUUGCUGCCGCUGCAGCGGUUGUUGGUGUUACAGCAGUGGCAACAACUGUUGGUAUGCCCUUCAAUCUGCAUCAUCACCAUCAUCAUCAUCGUUCGACGGUUUUAUCUCCACUGCAAUCACUGCGAAAUGAGCAUGAUUUAUCUAUAAUGCCGCUUUCCAGAAACUUUGUCGUUGACUACACAAUGUGGCAGCAGCAACAACAUCAACAACACCAACAGCAACAGCAGCAACAACAGCAGCAGCAACAGCACCAUUCAAAAAAUAAAAACGAAUCCUGCCCGAUACCAUCAUGGAUCCGAUCGGAAAUAAAUGCAUCGCCAUUUAAUGCAAGUAUUAUAAAAAACGAAUCCCAACAUCCGUCGAAUUGUAGCACCGUUCUCAAGAAUGCUCGCAAAAUAACCGAAGCGGUCAUCAAUAAUAAUAACAACAACAACACAAGUGAUUUCUCUGAUUUCAAUAUACCAUCGAUAUUAAGCUCGUCGGCUUUUAAGCCUGUUGUCGCCUCGACAGCAAUCGUAUCGACUUCGCUAUACGCAGCACGCUCAAAUGAUUCGAGCAACAGCAAUAUCUACAUAAGUCCAACACAAUCCACGAGAACAACGACCGUAUUUACCAAUAAUACCGUACAACGAUUACCAUUUCAUAAUUCGGCAACGAGUGCAUUUUCCCCAAUAUUAGAAACUGAACUACCGGAUAAUAUUAAACCCAUCUCAUCUGAAGAUGUUGACGAUGAUGAUAAUGAUGAGGACGAUGAAGUUGUCGAUAUUGAAACCACGGAGGAUGAAAACCAAAUCGAAACAAUCAAUGAUGAUGUAGCCUUCAAUGUUGUAUGCUCCCAUUCUCCAGAUUAUAUAUCAUCUCUCAGUGCAGGACACUCCCAUUCCCUUUCCCAUUCUCAUUCGGGUAGUCCAAAUGUCGAUGUCGAUGGCGAUGGAUCGACUACAGAUGCUGAGGAUCAGUUCGAUUUAAAGGCUAAUAUUUGCUCAUAUGACAUUAACAUUAGUCGCUCCAAUAUAAAGCUAAAUCUAAAUCAUGAUAACGAUAAAAUUACAUCAAUUGCCAUUAAUGAUGAAGACGAGUUACGCACAAAUUAUUUUAAACAUAGUAAUGAGUUCUCUUCGUCAACGCCACCACCGACAACCCAGUCCCAAUCCGCCAAGACAAUUCUAUUGCUGUGA